UUCCUAUUUAUAUAAAUAAUCUAAUAAUGGCACAACGAAUGGAUGUUGAUUUUGAUGUUCCUAAAUUUCUUAACGAAGAACGACAGAAAGUUCCUUCUCAACUUCAAUCUUACUAUUCUACAUUUGAAGAUCUUUACGAAAGAAAGUUAUGGCAUCAAUUAACACAAAGCAUUUUGGAAUUUUUCAAGGAUCCUCAAUCGACUCCUUAUCGAAUUUCACUUUUCUUGAACUUUGUUGCUGAAUGGGAAGAUAAAAUUAAUAAAUUAUCACUUGUUUCUAUUGCACUUCAAGCUGCUAAUCAAUUCCCAGAUUCCCAAGAUUCGGUCAGCUUUUUAAGUGAUAUUGCAAACAAAGUAGAUACAGAUGCAACAAAAGAUGUUUAUGUUUUAGCUAUUAUGGAAGCUGCUUCCUUUAAACUCAAACUUAAUCAAGUGGAAGAAGUAAAAAAAGCUAUUGAUGAAUCAGAAAAAAUAUUGGAUAGAUUUGAUAGCGUUGAGACAGUUAUUUAUGCCAGCUUUUAUCGUGUGUGUGCUGAAUAUUAUAAGGUGAAGGCUGAUUAUGCUCAAUAUUAUAAAAGUGCUUUAUUGUAUUUGGCUUGCAUUGAUAUAAAUGAAGAAUUAACGGGAGCUGAGCGUGUUGUUAGAGCUUAUGAUCUUUCUUUAGCAGCAUUAUUAGGCGAUAUGAUUUAUAACUUUGGUGAAUUAUUAAUGCAUCCCAUUUUGGAUUCUCUUGCAGGUACUGAGCAUGAUUGGCUUCGUUCUCUUUUAUUUGCUUUCAAUUCAGGUGAUAUUGGUAAAUACGAAGCCCUUGUUCCUCAUUUCACAAAACAACCUUUACUCCAACAAAAUCAAGAUGCAUUGAGAAGAAAAAUUUGCUUAAUGUCCCUUAUUGAAGCUGUCUUUAGAAGAUCUACCGAUAAUCGUACUAUUUCGUUCUCUGAAAUUGCUGCCGAGACUCGUCUUUCAGUGGAUGAAGUUGAACAUUUGGUGAUGAAGGCUUUAUCACUCAACUUAAUUCGUGGUUCUAUCGAUCAAGUGGAUCAAACAGUUGUUAUUACUUGGGUUCAACCUCGUGUUCUUGAUAAAGAUCAAAUUGAUGGUAUGAGACGUAAACUUGAAGAAUGGAACAACCAAGUCAAGAAGAUUAGCACCUUUGUUAGUGAGCAAGGUGGUGAAGUUUUUGCCCAAUAAAAUGAUAUAGAAAUAAUUGCUUCUUAAUCUAAUUCAAUUUGAUUCCUGAGCUUUUAUUACCAUAAAUUUUAAUUUUCUAUAACAGCCUUUACAUGUUUCUAGACAGGUUACAGACAACUCUAUUACCUCUAUUGCUAUAUGUUUAAUGAGAUUUUCUAAAAGAGAAUAUUCAAAAUACUUUAUUUUACAAAAAAAAAAGAAAAAAGAAAGAUACUACUCCCAAAGUCAUUGUAAAUGCUAGCAACUAAGUUGUCUAAUCAUCUUUUGAAGGAUUUGCGUCUUAUUCUGUUAACCAUUUUCACGACUGUCUUGUAGGCCAUCCUAUUUAAUAAAUAGCUAUAUAUACGGCAUGUCUUUUUUUUUUUUUAUUUUU